CUUUUUGCAGUUAGCCCGACUUAUCGAUAACAAAUAUCAAAUUAUCAGUGAGUUGAAAUUCAAAAUUUUAACUGUUGUGCGCCUCCACAGAUUUUGUGUUUUUGUCCUGGAAAUGAUUGGGACGAUUAUAUCGAAAUGCAACGGCGUUGUAUAAUUUGCGGUCAAGAACCAAGUGGCUACUAUGUCUAUCCACGCACCUUGACCGAGGCCCGUAAAUGGCAGGAUUGGGCCAAUCUGUAUUCGUUUAAUGUACCAGCAGGAACAUUACGCAAACAUGGAUGUGUUUGCCAAAAACAUUUGGAAGCAGCCGAGGAGCUAGGCGAUACCCCGAAUGAGCACAUUGUAGAGGUCGAGGAAAGAAAUGUGGGUGGUAUGCCAACUCCCAUCUGUGAACCCAAUGAUAUUGUCUCCAAUGAUGUAAUGGACAAGCGGCCAAGUGUUAGUUUUACAGAGAGUGAUCCCAAUCAAAGGCCGCAGCGCCCAAUGCGUUGUUGUUGUCCCAAUGUGGAGGCAACAAAACCAAAAGAACAGAAACCCCGCCGAAGAAAGGAAAGGCGGAGUCCAUCUCAGGGAGAUCAUCAGCCGUUUGUGAAUGUCUGCUACUGUCCAGGUACUACGCAAAUUCCAAGACCACCUUUUCAAUACAAUCCCAUUGAGGCAAUGAAAUACAAUGUUUCUCCCACUUGGUUUAAUCAACAAAGCAGCCAACAACAACAGCAGCCGAAUUGGAAUCAAUUUUCGGAAACAGGAACAGAAAUGGAUGCCUUUAAUGGUCAAUCUUCGCGAUAUUAUCAGCAAGCAUCAGAUUGCCUCUGCGGUUCCUACUGCCCCCUUUUAGGCAAGAAAUUGGAAAAAAUGCAUGGUCAAGAACAGCAACUGCAGCAGCCAGGACCCAUACAGCAACAGACAGGACCCAUGCAGCAACAGACAGGACCCAUACAGCAGCAGAGCCAGUGCUGUCAAUGCUAUAUUAGCGUUCCAAAUCAGGAUAAAACUAUUCAGUGUCCAUCACAGGUUCAUGGGGCUGAAAAACGCCGACAAGCCCCUGCUGAAAACUGCGAGUGCGGAACUACUACAACGCGUAAUAUUGUCGUUCAGCCAACUGUUUGCAUUCCUGCCAAUAUAUACGAACAGUAUCAGGCGCCUCCAAGGAUUUCUAAGCCAAAGAGUAAAAAAAAAGAAACAAAAGUACGAAAAAAUCCCAAUUCUGUAAAUGUACUUAUUAUGGGGAGCUAUGGCCAAGAAGAAGAUGCUGAAGUUUGUAAAGAGAUGAUUUGUCCAGAGACAUUCCAACCAUCGCCCCUCACAGAAAUCUGUUUCCUUGAAUCGGAUCUGACGAGAAAAAAUGAACGUGCCAUUUUUCCAGAUAUCGAUUUACCCAAUUAUUCAGUUUGUCGUGCCCCCACCACUGAUCCCAAGGCCACUGAGGAAGCUGACACAGAGAGCAACAAACAAGACGAUGCCAAUUGCGCGGAUGUACUAGUGCUUGGAAAGGGUUUAUACGAUAUAGAUCCUUGUCCCUGCGACUGUCAACAUUGUCUCUUUGACAUGAAUUUAUGGAACUGCCCAAAUCACAUCAAUCCACGCGUUUCGGCUCAGCCGCAAGAGACAGGUGCAAAUAAUGCUACAUCUGGCAUUGAUGCUCAGAGUUUCCUACCCAAACAGUGGGCGGAUGGCAACUGGCAGGAUCCCCAGGCAGUAGCUAAGUAUAAUCAAGUUAUUGCCGAUCAAAAAGCUCGUAUCAAUGAGCUGGAAGAUUUGCUAACCCAACACAAUAUUCUACAAGAAACCAUUCAAUCCAAAGUUGAUGAGCUGCAAUGCAAAGUUGAAGCAAAUGACAGCAGAGUAAAAUCUAAGCAUCCUUUAUCAGAUUUGGACAGAUCGCCAACAUCAGCUUUAGGCACGCCAAGGAGGAAAUCGAAUACCACCAGCAAAACACCGAAAUAAGUGGGAGCGCACGCACGCAUUUGUCCUUAUGUUAGUAAGCACAAAUAAAUUUUUCUAUAUACAAAUGCA